GUUUUGUUGAUACCAGAGCGAAAGCUCCGCCUCUCAAAGCUACCAAAACAAACCGGCGCAAAAUACCGGCAUAUUGUGACCCAUCUCAGCCCUAUUCAGCGACCGUUUUAGCAGAUUCAUACAAACAGGAUUAAAUUUUAUACUGUGAUAUGAUUAUACCAAAUAUGAACAACCAAAUAAACUAAGAUGUCUGGAAAUCGUCGACUUGCAAAGAGGUCUAUUGUUGGUACGAAAAUCUGUGCCCUGUGGAAAGAUGGUAGAUUUUAUCCAGGGGUAAUUACAGACCACUCGGGCGAGCCGAGCAUCGCCGAAGAGGCGAAAUACACUGUUGUAUUCGAUGACGGAUUUCAGAAAAGUGUAUAUUCACGGCAUAUAAUUGGACAAGGGUUUCACUCGAUCAAUUCCUUCCGCUUGAAACAUGGCCAGAAAGUGUUUUUGACUAUGCACGGACGAGAGGUUGCCGGGGUAGUCGUUCAACACGAUACAGACAGCGACAACGUCAUCGUGAACGUCAGACUUCAAAAUGGAGAGGGGAUGGAUCUUGAGGUUCGACCGGAUGACAUUCGUCUUUUACCAAGCCGGAAAUCAGCACGACUUGUGGACCAAGACACGGAUUAUUCCAAGCUGGCGGACAUCUCCGUGAACGAGCCCAGAAAACGACCCGUAUCUCACGUAAUCGACGUACCCAAUGUCAGCGCUCAACGAUACCGGCGGUCGUCAUCAGACCAAGAGGAAGAUGACGUCAGAAGUGGAGACGUGGAAAUGAUGGACGAGACGAUUGCGGCGAUGGUGCUGACCAGUCUUUCAUGUAGUCCAGCGUCUCCACAGUUUCAGGGAUCUCUUACAGAUAAUAGUUUCAAAUUCAGUGCCCUCUCAAGCAGUGCUAACAGCAGUGGAUUCCACUCUGAGCGGAGCGACCCCUCCCCACCCUCUUUACAUCUCAGCGAGAGCGCACCUGUUCAGUCCUCUGGUGGCUUCACGGUGGGCUCUUACAACAAAGACGAUGAAAUUGAGAUAGAUUUUGACGAAGAAAAUAUUGAUGUGGACACAGUGGAGCAUAAGCGAAAACGACAGACAAACAGACGACUGAGGUACCAGUGCACGUUUCCUGGAUGUGGCCAGGUGACAGACACGUGUUCUAGUAUUGAGAAGCACGUACGGUUAGCUCACCUUGGUUGCAAUGAAUCAGAUGAUAGUCGAUCGGACGGUGAGGAGGAGUUUUAUUACACGGAAAUCGAGGUCAAUGUGGAUAACGUCACCCAGAAAUUCUCUCAGAUGUGCACAUCAUCACCACCGGAAGUCCACGGUCACCUGUCUCCCGCCAUUCCUGUACCAGACCACGACUAUCAGAAAAAGGACCACAGCAUUAAAUCACAGGCUUCCUCAGUGCCCUCUGGCGGUUUCUUUCAUCAAGGAUUAACACCAAUCUCUUUUUCCAACCCUCCCCAAAUGAAGAGAUCAAUGUCCUGGCAGAGUAGUGCGCAUGCUUCAUCAUUUCCCAUGCACUCGCUUUCGCCUCCAAUCCGAGUGACCAAACCAACACCGCAAGAGCGGUUACAUCAACAUCAAGCACAGUCUCCGAAAUCACAUCUCUACUCCGUAUCUCCAAAAACGGGUGGAUUUCAUAAGAAGCCCCGCAGCGAAGUCCGGAAAUGUCGAAAGGUAUACGGCAUGGAAAAUAGGGACCAGUGGUGUACUCAGUGCAAGUGGAAGAAAGCCUGCUCUCGAUUUGUCGACUAAGUCACAUGCCUGAUUGUCACAUUGCGCAUGUUGACGCCAUAUUGACGUCAUAGGUGUACUUUUCAGUGCUUCUUGCUGCUGUUUAUCAGAUGUACAAUAACACAUAGAAGUUAAUUCCGCUGCAUAUUCCAAAAUGUCUUUCCUAUUUCUGGUCAAUUCAUGUGACCAGUUAUUGAAUGAGUAAAGACAUCAGUAUAAUAUCAGCUUUGCAAAAUAUACUUUCACUUUGAAGAUAAAUGAAGAUGUUGCUUUGUGUAUAAAUGUGCCCAGUUGUACUGAAAGUCAUGUGUAAUCAUCAUUAUGUUUUCUGCCUGUGUGACACCCCCUAUCUCUCUCUUUUUUCUCUCUCUCUUUCGUGGCUAUUGAUAAUCUACAAACUUCUCUUUCCAUGCAUUUUUCAAUUUGUUAUAUGAUUUUGAUUAUUCAUUGUAAUUUAUCAAUACAUAACAAUUAUCAUCUCACAGCUGGAAAUCAGUGCAAGUUCUUGUCAGAUGAAAUCUCAGGUUGUAUUUUAUUUAAUGUUGAUGAUGCAGUGCUUUGAAUUUUUAUGGAUUAUUUGACCUAAUAGUUGGUUACACCUUAUACUUUAUUAUAUAAAGUUUAUAUAUAAUCAUAUACUAACUUACAUGAUGUGUGCUAUGAUGCGUGCUUAUUGAAAUUUGUGUCUCUCCAAAGAGGUUCCGUGUAUGUGAUGUUUAUAUUUUGAUUUUUUUUUUUCUUUUUACCGUACGGCACCUUUUUCCAGGUCAAGACUUAGUAUUGGCUUCUUCGGACUCGACAAAAUUUCUGAAUAGAAAAAAUAGAAUUGCCUCAUGUAUUUUUACAGCAGAUCAUACAAAGAGUAAUUAAUUAAUCGUAUUACACGACCUUUUGCACGGAUCUUGAGACAAUAUACAAAGAUAAUCUGUAUUUUACUUAUGUGGCCUUUUUCACAGAAAAAUCAUUAGACUAUAUAAGAUAAAUUUUGACAACUCUUUAAUUCUUUGUUUAAUAAAUAUACUAGUACUUUCUUCUAAAAUAUUAUUGUUAUAAUGUAAUCGAAUCUAUUUUAAUAGAAAUACAUUUAUAAGAUUUUUUGUGACAUAUUACAACUUAGAUGCUUGUUGGGGAAAUGGGAAA